AUGCUACUCCUGUGCCGCCUCAUUGACCCUGCUGCUGGCGACGCCAUUUCAGAUUUCAAGCUCUUAACUUUGCUCUCUCCACAAGCUGCCAGGUUGACCCCUCUCUGCCCUGCCUCACCUCUCUCUUCCCUCUGCCUCUUUCUCCUAGCUGAUUAUUCCGCCAGCCUUAAUCUUGAGCGCUCAGCUCUUGCUCGAAAGCGGUUCACAUUGCAAGGUCUUUCCAACCGCAGAGCUCCACCCAAAGAUCCAGAAUCUAAAGAGAGAGAUGUAACCCGCCGCUUUUCCCUAGCUUCCUCCAUCAGCACCACAACUAACACAUCUGCUCUAACCAAAGGUCCCCUUGUUCCUGCAGUUAAAGUCAAGAGGCAUGAAAUUAAAAGCGACCCAACUCCUCUGGGUUUCGAAGAUGCCUUUGAACGCAACCUCUUGGCUCAAGCUAAAUGCAGUGCUGUUCGCUCCACGAGGCCAGUCCCUAGAUCUGCUUCACAGACAGGUUGGCCCAGCAGGCAGAUGCCGUCGCUUGAUACAUUUGAGGAUUUUGAAGCCAUCCCAUCCAGCGCUGAGGAACUCUCCAACUCUUCAGAUAUGGAGGAAGAAAGCCAGCCUAACAACGGAUCCAACCUUUACCGGGUAGAAGGCAGUUUUGACACUUGUUUCCCAGAUUCCCUCACUCUAGAGGAUGGAGAUUUAGUGCAGUUUAUACAGGAAGGCGAGGAUGGACAAUGGUUAGUGAAGAAGUUGGUUUCUGAGAAAACGGACUGGGUCCCUUCCAGUCUGCUGCAGCCGGCAGAUGGCGACACCAGCAACAUCCGCAACAUCAGCAACACAGGUGCUUGCAAAUGGACCUACGGCUGA